CCUACGCCUCUCUGUCGGCGCCCAGUUUUUGACACUGCCCGUGAUUCUCCCUCCCCUGCUUACACAUUUUUGCAAUUGCCAAUUUUGCCUUCUAAUAAGCAACCACUAUACAUAAUCAAUAGAUUAUAUAUAUAAAUAUAUAUACCCCGCCAGAUUGUGUAGUUUUGCAGUCACCACCGUUUGUACUACUACCAACUUCUUCACUCACUGCACUGAACUGUACGGUGCAGGUUCCCUUGUAGGCUAUCACUACAACAACUUUGCGUUUUAUACAAAAGCGUCACUUGAGAGAAUGAACCUACGGUGCGUACAGUUCCUUCUUGUAGUCGCUCUGGUGGCGCUGGUUCGGCUCCCGGCGGCGGUCAGUUACCACGACUACGCCGACGCAUUGGCGAAAUCGAUUCUGUUCUUCGAGGGGCAGCGGUCAGGGUACCUUCCGGCGGACCAGCGACUGAGCUGGCGGGGGAAUUCUGGAAUGGGCGACGGCUGGACGGUGUCGCAGGACCUGACCGGCGGGUACUACGACGCAGGGGAUAACGUGAAGUUCAAUUUUCCAAUGGCUUUCACGACCACAAUGCUCGCCUGGAGCGUGGUCGAGUUUGGGGACCUGAUGCCGCCGCCGGAGCGGCGGAACGCUCUGGUGGCGAUCAGGUGGGCGACGGAUUAUCUUCUCAAGACGGUGGCUCAGCCAAACCGUAUUUUCGUUCAGGUAGGUGAUCCAGUUAUAGACCAUAACUGCUGGGAGAGGCCAGAAGACAUGGACACUGCCAGGACAGUGUACACGGUGGAGGCUCCGAGCCCCGCGUCGGAUGUUGCCGGCGAGACGGCAGCAGCCAUGGCUGCCGCCUCCAUGGCAUUUAGAUCAUCCGAUCCGGGAUACGCCGACACUCUGCUGAGAACAGCCUUCCGGGUUUUUCAGUUUGCAGACAGCUACCGCGGCGCUUACAGCGACAACUCUAACAUUAGGGACGGGGUCUGCCCGUUCUAUUGCGAUUUCGAUGGAUAUCAGGAUGAGUUGCUGUGGGGAGCAGCUUGGCUGAGAAGAGCCUCACAGGAUGAUUCUUACCUAAACUACCUGCAAAACAACGGUAAAACACUCGGCGCGGAUGAUAACAUCAAUGAAUUUGGAUGGGACAACAAGCAUGCUGGCCUCAAUGUUCUUGUUUCCAAGGAAGUGUUGGAGAGCAGUAUGUACUCACUGCAGUCAUACAGGGCAUCGGCAGAUAGCUUCAUGUGCACGCUGAUACCCGAGUCAUCCACCUCACACAUAGAGUUCACACCCGGAGGCCUCAUUUACCGGCCUGGUGGGAGCAACUUACAGCAUGCCACCACCAUUUCAUUCCUCCUCCUCGUCUAUGCCAAUUACCUAGAGAAGUCGUCACAAACAGUGAACUGCGGUGAAGUCAGCAUUGCUCCUAACCGGCUGAGGCAGAUAGCCCAGAGACAGACUAACUACAUUCUAGGUGAGAACCCCAAGGGGAUGUCAUACAUGGUCGGAUACAGCAGCGUGUACCCUCAGAGGAUCCACCACCGCAGCUCCUCCAUGCCUUCGGUCAAAGAUCACCCCCAAGCAAUCGGGUGCAAGGAGGGCUCGACAUAUUUUAACUCCACGGGUCCUAACCCAAACGUGCUGGUGGGGGCAGUGGUAGGCGGACCGGGGGAGGAUGACAUGUAUGAUGACAAUAGAGUGGAUUUUAGGAAGAGUGAGCCCACAACUUACAUCAAUGCUCCAUUGAUUGGGGUCCUGGCAUACUUUGUGGCCAAUCCUAACAUUAGUAGUUAGAGUUAAGAGAAUUAUUGGUUGAGUGAGUGAGUGAGUGUGUUUAUUCUAGGGAUUGAAGAGUCUCUCAUCUUGCAAGAACGCGAGAAGGAAGAGGCUAAGGUUUCAAUGGUUCUUUGCAUGCAAGUGAAUUGAAUCCUAAUGCUUUGUUUUGUUUUAUAUGGAAGAAUUAUAUAGUUUUAAUUUGUUUCAGAUUUUAAGUUUUUUUAUGAAGCAA